UUAGUUGCAAUAUCUUACCCUAUCACCAAGGAGUAAGGCCCAUUUUUGGCUCUCUCUAGUGUUUGUAUGCUGUUGUUCUCUUUGAUUCCUCCAUCUAAGAUUUGCACUUUUGCCUCUCUUUUCUCUUUCUCCUUCUCUCCGUCUCUCUUUCUCUUCCAUGAUUGUCAGUGAAGUCCUUAACUCUCUUUCUAUCAAAUCCUGGCUGCUACUGGCUGUAUGGACUGAAGAAGAAGGUUGCUAUUGCUAACCCUUUUUUUUCUUAUCUGACCUUUUCCUAGCACUUUCUUCUCUUUGGUUCCUUUUUUAUUUUUAUGCCAUCAUAAGUUAGUUCCAUAUUUUCAAUACAUGCCCAUUUCUGGACUAUAGCAUGAAGAAUCUGAAUUGAGAAAAGGAAAAGUCAUAAAAAAAAGGCCCACUUCCACUAUAAUUCUCCCAUUGUUUAGUUCAGGAGAUUUCUUUAAGGUUUUUCCUAUAAUAACCUACAAUCUUGCAUUCUAUAUUAUAUUUCUAUGUCUUCUCUCCUUUUUGUGCACUUUUAGUGGUCCUCAAUGGCUUCAGCACCCACUUCUUAGGUACUGAACUUUUAUCCAAUACCAUCAAUCCAACACCAAUACUUCCCUUUUUUUUUUUUAAUAUUUGUGUUCUUCAACCUGUGUUGCUUUCUUCCAUGAACAAAGCUGAAAUGACUAUACCUCAUUUGUUCAUUUGCCCAAUUAGCCUAGACUUGUUCAAAGAUCCAGUAACUCUAUGCACAGGCCAAACCUAUGACAGAUCAAGCAUAGAAAAAUGGCUUUCUACUGGUAAUCUUACAUGCCCCGUUACAAUGCAGAAGCUUCAUGAUAUAUCCAUGGUUCCUAAUCACACUCUUCGCCAUUUGAUCGAUGAGUGGUUGAAAAUGGGUCCUCAAUUAGAUCCUGACUACUUGAAAACAAUUGAUUCUUUAGCUUCACUUAAACACAGUCUCGUGUCUAAUGAGGUUACGUUGGAGAAGAAGUUUCAAGCACUCAAAAGUAUUCAAUCUCUAUCCGAUGAAUUAAUAUCAAGGAAUUCUUGUUUGAUCCAGUUAGGCUUCUUGCCUUUACUGUUUGAAUUAGUUUUUGGAUCAGUAGAAUCAAAAUUAUCCCAAGAAAGCAUCAAUUUUGCAGAGAAAUCACUUUCUUCUAUUCUAAAAUUGCUGCCUAUUCUAGGCGAAUUAGAAUCUUUAAACACGCUAAAAGAAGAAUCCAAGUUGGAAUCUUUCAGAAUUUUGCUUGAACAAGGAAGUAGCAUGAUGCAAGAGGGUUUAUGUCAUCUUAUAGAAGGAAUAUCAUCAUCUUUAGAAACAAAAGAGCUAUGUGCUAUAAUUGGAGAAAAUCGCCAAAUCUUGCAAGGGCUAAUUCUUCUUGUUCAACAGACUAGUGGAGUACCUGAGGCUGGAAUCAAAGCCAUAUAUGCAUUAUGCUCCUUGGAAUCAAAUAGAGAGAAUUUGGUUCAAGCAGGUGUGAUAAAUGGACUCCUGAUGUACAUUUCUAACACCGAAAGACGUGAAAAUGUCAGAAACUUGGCACCAAAAGCAAUGGCAACAAUUGAGAUUCUUCUAAGAGUAGAGACUGCAAAAGAUGCUGUGAUAAAUAAUCCUAAUGGUGUUAGUUCUCUAGUUAAGAUGGUUUUCAGGGUGUCAGAUCAUGAAGGCAGUGAAAGUGCUGUUAGAUCACUAAUGGUAAUCUGCAGUGAUUCUUUACAGGCAAGGGAAGAAGCAAUCUGCCGCGGAGUUUUGACCCAGUUGUUAUUGCUUCUGCAGAGCCAGUGCAGUGUUAGAACCAAAACAAAUGCAAGAAUGUUGCUUAAGCUUCUUAGAUCCAAGUGGAAUGAGGAACAAAAGCAUUUUUAAGUCAAAGAAAAUAAAAAAAUUAAUGUAAUGGGAGCUUGUUUCUAAAGGGUCGAAGGAUUUCCCUCUAUAAAAGAAAGAAUCUGUGCAAAGAAAAUGUUAAUCUAUAUAUGCAUCUUAAGGCAGUAAUUUAACAUUCAUUCACCACUCAUAGUCCAGAUGGUGUACUUUCAGCAAUUUGUUUCAAACAAUCGGAAGUGGACCAAAAUUAAUUUCAA